AUGCUGUGGGGUGGGACACACGUCGGCAGAUCUUGUAUUACUCACUAUAGAGUCAAAGCUGCACGCCAUCACAAGCUAGAGUAUGGUCGUGGAGCACCAGUACCCGAUUCAAGGUCUUCUAGGAUGCGAGUCAGCACCGUUCAGUUGGAUCAUUUCUUGACGUUUAUUACAAGUCCUCAUGUAGUGCAGGAUCUUCCAUUUGGGCAACGGCACAUUCCUCUAUCCAAUGGUAAAAUCAUGGAGACACCAAACGUCAUAAGGACAAUGAUAAAACAGCGUAUCAUCACUCAAUACUCACAGUUUUGUUCAGAGACAAAUUUCAUACCCUUUAGCCCCUCCACCAUGCACCGUAUCCUAUCAUCGUGCCCAGCUUCUGUGAGAAAGUCCUUACAGGGACUGGAUUAUAUAGCUGCUGAAGGAGCCACAGCCUUUGAUGACCUUUUAUCAGUUCUAGAAAAGUUAAUUGAUCAUGGUCUUGACCAUCAUACAGUGCAAAGACUUCAACUGGCCUUGAAGGAAGGAAAACAAUAUCUGAAAACCGAUUAUAAGGUAAUAUUGAUUUAUUCAUGUAUUCAUUUUAUUUUUUUCACUUUUUUCAUUCGUAUCUUCAUUCAUUGAAUUAACCAUCUCAAUUAUUUAUUCAUUCAUAAUAAAUCCGUGAAUUCAAUAUCUGUCUAAUUAGUUCGUGAACAAAUGCUUUAAUUUCGUGUAUUCUUUUUUAUUCACCUAUUCAUUUAUUUAUUUAUUUACGUUAUCAUUUCUUAUAUUUCAAUCAAAAUUUUACAGAAGUACCUUUACAGAAGAAAAUUAUAAAUAAAUUUAUUGUAUUAAUUUUUAAAGGUGCAUGUGAUGCAGGCUUCCACUACUGCAGACCAUUGUCUCUCAUUUGCCCUGAGUGAUUCUAAAGAUAAAAGUCUUACUCAAAAAUGUGAUCACCCACACAAUCAAUUUUGCCAAUCCUGCGAGAAAUUAAAAUCCACUUUGUCGGAAGUAAAAUCGUUAGUUAAUACAACAGGGGUCGCAGAGGACAAGGACGACUUGCUUUACUGUUACGAACAAGCUGCUCAAGCCAUCAAUGCGUGGAAAUCACAUAUACUAAGAUCCGUACAACAGGACAAGGCACGAACUGAUAUUUUAGAACUAUUAGAUAAUACUUCAGCAUUAAUAACGCAGGACUGGGCCAUGAAGUUUUUGCCCCAGAAGUACCGUGAAACUCAACAGGAUUGGUUUGGUAAACGUGGUAUAUCAUGGCACAUCAGUGUAAUUGUACGCAAAGUCAACGGUAAACUGCAAAACCAAACCAUGAUUCACAUUGUGAAGAAUGCGCCGCAAGAAAGCGAAACAGUGUUGUGGAUAAUGGAGCACACACUUGCAACAAUCAAGAAGGAACACCCAGAAUUGUCAACAGCCUACUUCCGUCAAGACAAUGCUGGGUGUUAUCACAGUGUGGCCGUACUGUCAGCUUGUGUUGAUAUAACCCGACAAACAGGAGUCCAUAUCAAAAGAGUAGAUUUCAGCGACCCUCAAGGAGGAAAAGGGGCCUGCGAUCGUAAAGCUGCCACCGUUAAGGGCCAUGUACGACGAUUUAUCAAUGAAGGCCACGAUGUCCUUACAGCCGAGGACUUUAGACAAGCUAUCUUGUCAUUUGGAGGGUUAAACGGAGUCCGAGUAGCACUCCUGGAUCAAAUCACAACCAAGGUAUCCGUGAAGGGGAAGUGGGAAGGCGUGAGCCACCUUUUCUGUACCCAAAUGAUGCAUAUGGUGUCAGUUUUUGGAGGUCUUAUGAUAUUGGCGAAGGGAAAACAUUACCAUGGAGAAAACUUCCUGGUGAGUCUAACCUACAUUUCUCUUAAUCUCUCUUAGUCUGACCAUAUUUCAAAAUGGUGAUUUUGUGGUGGUUAUUUUGGAAAAAUCUACGUAUCACAAAUAACCGUCCUCUCUUGUCCUUCCCUCCCCUACCCCUUUCCAUUCACAACUAAAAUAUAUGCAAAUAUAUUUUUUGAACGAUUAUAAUUUUUUGAAUGCAAAAAGAAUUGAUUGCGUAUUUUAUGUAAUAUGUCUUUUUUGCUAUUUCCAAAAACUAGAUACACUUUUAUAAGACUUUUUUCCGUCCUAUAGUUCUCUGGUUAAGAGAAGCUCCCUCAGUUGAGUUUGGAAUAGAUUAGCCCCCACAGACCAGAAUUUAUGAUGUCUUACAUUAAUUUUAAUUCAUAGUUCAAGUAGUUGUGACUGGAUUGCCAGACGCUGCAACGAAAAUAGACUUUUCUCCAGGAGAGUUUGUGGAAGUUAAGAGCUCCAUUAAAAAUCAAGAAGAAGAAACAGAAGAGAGUGGAGAAGACAUAG